AUGCUUACCAAAGCCUUAAUCAGCCAAACUGGUGUCUCCCGCCAUGAAGCGAUUGAACCAGAACUGGACGGUGGCCAACGACAAGACGACGUCCUCCUGCUCGCCGAGCAUAUUGGCCUUCGCCGCCUGGAGACACUCGUUGAUCGUCUGGUGUGUCUGUUUGGCAGUCUUGCCAGUUUUGUACUCGCACAGAAUCAUGAUACGGCACGAGUGUUUGCACGCGAGCGGGUUUUCCGGCAUUCUGGAAUAUAA